GUUACGAGUGAUGUAAUAUCUCUUUCUCUGUGUCUUUUUCUCACAGGUAGUUUAAAGCAUCAAGGUCGGAAAAACAGAAACACCUCCUCCUUUGGUUCCUCCUCCUCUUAUCUUUACUCUGGUGAAAAAGGGGCAGUGCGAGGAAAGGAGGUUUUAAAGCGCGAACAGAAGCCCUCAGAUAUCACCUAUUAAACUGUUUACUGGAGGUUGUUUGGAUAUUUGAGCGUGAAAAGCUGCAGCCAUGUCUCCUUUCCUGCGGAUUGGGUUCUCCAAGUUUGAGAUGGAUCCGGGCCUGGCCUACCAUGAGGAGGUGCUGAACCCGUACUGUGCCGUUUACAUGAAGGAGGCCAUCGACACAGAGAAGGGCCAAGUGCACAAGCAGAAGAAGCCCACAAUGUACCCCCCAUGGAGCACCACGUUCGAUGCCCACAUCCACCCCGGGCGCAUCAUGCACGUGAUGGUGAAGGACCGCACGGCCGAGCUCAAGUCCGAGGCCACCGUGGCUCUGGACUCUCUGGCAACGCGGUGCAAGAAGGAGAAUGGCAAGCUGGAGACCUGGCUGGACCUGAAGCCACAGGGCCGCCUGCUGAUGGAGGCCAAAUAUUAUCUGGAGAAAACUG